UGACAAUCAGCUGACUGCGUUUGUCAGUUGUUUGUCAAGAAAAUCUCGAUGUGGUUUCCUUGAGAUCUUUUUUUUAAGUUUUUGCGUGGUUAAAAGUUUUUGAGAUGCUAGUCAGGACGUGGAAAUUGUGCGGAGGAUCCAUUGGUGUCGGUAGAAUGCUGAAUUUGGAAAAAUCAAGUAGAGGGGUCAUUUUUUUUGUUUUCAGUGGCGUUUUGCCCAUUAUCCGGACGUUUAUGCUUUUUAAUGGGAUAAAAAGUCGUCGGAAAAUUUGUGAGAAGAAAAAACUUGUUGGAUAUACAGAGGAACAGCUCUACACGGUCGUAGCGGACGUUGAGAAUUACGAGAACUUUCUACCCUGGUGCAAACAGUCUCAUGUUUAUGGAAAGCGAGAGGGGUUCUUGAAGGGCGACCUGAUUAUUGGAUUUCCUCCCUUUAGUGAGAAAUACACUUCGAAUGUGACUUUAAACCGACCCCGCUUUAUCAAAGCCGAAUGCGUUGAUGGCAGGCUGUUCAGCUACUUCCUGACCAUUUGGCGCUUUAGUAAGGGCCUCAAGGAUAUCCCCCAGUCUUGCGUAGUUGAUUUCCACGUAGCCUUUGAGUUCAAAUCUGCCCUCCAUUCGCAAAUCUCCAAUAUCUUCUUUGACCAGAUUGUCCGCCAGAUGGAAGAUGCUUUUAUCCGGGAAGCACAAUGCAGAUAUGGACCUCCCACUAUCAAAACUCAUGUCCUGGGCUUCAAAAGCUCCUGACCACGCCAAAACUCUCUUCCUAGACACAAUUGAUAUUUAUUAAAAUAAAAUUCUUAAAAUUCUA